UUUUACAUUGCCCUACAUUGCCCACCUCUGACGAAAUUCUUUUAGAAAAGAACCAGAAUAUCAAUUUAGAAAAAAGCAAGAUGGACUUCGAAAGUAACCUUGGCACUAAUGGCGGUAAUAAUGGUGUGCCAGCCAGCGAAUCAGUCGACGUCCUUAAGCCUAACGACAGUGACACUAUGGAUGAGGCCUUUCGCCACGAAGAUCCUCAUUAUCGCCGCUACCAGGACGAUGAUGAUCGUCGUAGUAGAGACCGCCGAGAUUCGCGUGAAGGAGAAGACCGCGCUCGUAGUCGCAGCCCAGACCGAUCGAGGAGCUACAUGGGCGGCUCAGGCAGUGGGCGUAACCACGAUAGGGAUGAGAAAUAUGACUCAGAACAGCGUCGUGGAGGUCGUGGUCGAUCCAGAUCCAGAAGCCCCACCCGUCAAACUUCUACAUCCAGUUUGCGUGACCGUCGCGUUUAUGUCGGCAAUUUAUCUUACGAUGUCAAGUGGACUAAUCUUAAGGACUUUAUGCGGGAGAUCGGACCUGUUGCACAUGCAGAUGUGUUAUUGAACUCGGAUGGCCGCUCGAAAGGGUGCGGUGUGGUCGAAUUCCAGAGUGCUGAGGAUGCUAAAGAAGCUAUCCGCAGACUCAACGACGUCGUUUUGAUGGGUCGCCCUGUUUUCGUCCGAGAAGACCGUGAGUCUGAAGCUAGAAUCGGCUUCUCAGGCGGACGUGGUGGAGGGCUCCAACCAUCAUCAAGGGGAAGCGAUUCCGGUACCCGUCAGAUCUAUGUUGGGAAUCUCCCUUAUUCAGUCAACUGGAAGGAUCUGAAGGACUUAUUUAGGAGAGCAGGACCCGUAGACAGAGCAGACGUUUUCAGCACAAGUGACGGACGAUCCAAGGGUUCAGGAACCGUUUCGUUUGAUAGAAUCAGCGAUGUCUCCCGAGCAGUUUCAAUGUUCAAUGGAUUCGAAUGGCAUGGCCGUCGUAUUGAAGUUCGGGAGGAUAAAUACGGUCCUCCUGCCGGCGGUUCGUCUCGUGGCUCGUCUAGAUAUGAUAAUCAUCGUACUAUCCCUUCAGGACCUGCUGCAGGUUCUGGUGACCAGAUCUAUAUCCGCAAUCUGCCGUUAACUACCACCGAUCAGGAUUUGAGAGAUUUGUUCAGGACUUGUGGGCCAAUUCGAAGAGCGGAAAUUCUAAUGAGCAGUGGCCGUCCUAAGGGCUCCGGUAUCGUGCGUUUCGAGAUGUUCGAAUCGGCUGAAAAAGCUGUUGCAAGAUUCAACGGAUACGUCUAUGGUGGUCGUUCUUUGGAGAUUAUGUAUGAUCGUGUCUAAAUCUCGCGUGUGUAUGUUGAUAUUGUGCAAAGCUUCACACAAGGCUUAUGCAUGCAGGAAUAGCUCAAGACACAGUUCAUGGAUUCAAUAUUUGGAGCUUUCAGUAGUUUUAUUAAAGUUUUUUUGCGUAUAAAAAAAUAUAUUCUCUC